CAAGCUGUUGUGUUGAUGAUAGUGUGUGCUAGUGGCCUCAGACAGGGUGAGCAGAGUCUUGGUGUUCUGAGUUUCUUGGUUGUCCUGGAUUCCACAGGACCAAACUUUUUCACUAAAAGGACAAAGGAACUCAAACCUGCUAUCCAAAGUGCUCCCGGUUGGAAGUUGUUUGGAAAAGUCCCACCUAGGGAAAACCUUCCAAAAGAUUCCAAAAUUAUUCAACAGGAUGACAGUUCUGGCAGUCUUGCGUCAGUAUCUGCUCUCAGUCUAAUAAACACAGGGGAAUAUGAAGCACGGACAGGAAGAAUGUAUAAACCUCCACCCCCAUCAGCAAGACGUAAAAACAUUGAAUUUGAACCACUUUCAACUACUGCUUUGAUUCUGGAGGAUCGACCAGCAAAUCUUCCUGCCAAGUCAGUGGAGGAGGCUUUACGUCACCGACAAGAAUAUGAUGAGAUGGUGGCAGAGGCAAAAAAACGAGAAAUUAAAGAAGCACAUAAAAGGAAAAAAAUAAUGAGAGAGCGUUUCAAGCAAGAAGAGAAUAUCGCUAGUGCUAUGGUGAUCUGGGUCAAUGAAAUACUACCUAACUGGGAAGGCAUGCGUGCUACCCGAAGAGUUCGAGAGCUGUGGUGGCAGGGAUUACCCCCAAGUGUACGUGGGAAGGUUUGGAGUCUAGCUGUGGGAAAUGAAUUAAAUAUCACUCCUGAACUUUAUGAAAUCUUCUUGUCGAGAGCUAAGGAACGAUGGAAAAGCUUCAGUGAGACGAGUUCUGAGAAUGACAUAGAAGAUGCAGGAGCAUCUGUUGCUGAUCGUGAGGCCAGUCUGGAGCUAAUUAAGUUGGAUAUAUCGCGCACAUUUCCAUCCCUGUAUAUUUUCCAGAAGGGUGGUCCUUAUCAUGAUCUCCUCCACAGUGUUUUAGGAGCAUAUACAUGUUACAGACCAGAUGUAGGAUAUGUACAAGGGAUGUCCUUUAUUGCUGCUGUGCUCAUUCUCAAUCUGGAAGAGGCAGAUGCUUUCAUUGCCUUUGCUAACCUUCUAAACAAGCCAUGCCAGCUGGCCUUUUUCCGCGUGGAUCACAGCAUGAUGCUGAAAUACUUUGCAGCCUUUGAAGUAUUCUUUGAAGAAAAUCUCCCCAAAUUGUUUCUUCAUUUCAAAUCAUACAGUCUCACUCCAGACAUAUAUUUGAUAGACUGGAUUUUUACACUCUACAGCAAGUCAUUGCCACUUGAUCUGGCCUGUCGUGUCUGGGAUGUUUUCUGUAGAGAUGGAGAAGAAUUUUUAUUUAGGACAGGAUUAGGAAUCCUUCGGUUAUAUGAAGAUAUUCUCCUACAGAUGGACUUUAUUCAUAUAGCACAGUUUCUAACAAAACUUCCAGAAGACAUUACAUCAGAAAAGCUUUUUAGUUGUAUUGCAGCUAUUCAGAUGCAGAAUAGUAACAAAAAGUGGGCACAGGUGUUUGCCUCACUGAUGAAGGACAACAAAGAAGGGGACAAGAACCAUAGCCCAGCACUGAAGAGCUAAUCAUCGUGAUGUUGAGGUCAAUUGAAAAUGUGGAAAACACUUGAUGACAAAGGAAUUUUCACGUCACUUCUAUGUGGAAAAGCACUAUAGAAAAUGUGAAAAAGAGGUGGAAAAAUUACACAGCUCUCAGUGGAGUAAUGAACUGAUGAAAUCUUCACCCUUUUGCCAGUAUUAGCUUUUGUCGUGGGAAGAUUUGUUUUCACACAGAAUACUAAAACCUAUGAAACUGAGAAGCGGGGGAGUUCAUAUUUAAUACUUCAAAAGAAUCAGCUCAAUGCAAUAAACAUUUGUAAUAACUUGUGUUGGUACUUUAAAAGAAAAAAUUUUGAGGCAUAACUUUUUUUACAAAUACCAUAAAGGCACUUUUUGGGGGGAAUGAGGGAAAUGCUACAUUAAGGCCCCAAAACUGCUAUCCAAACCAAAUGCUUUGGUACAAAUAUUACCUCCAAAAUUAACCAUUUGAAAGUAUUGAGGACCAAAUAAGGUUGUUUGGUAUGUUUAUGUGCAAGAUGGUUAAAAUUUGGGAAGGGGUAUUGUCUUAUUUACUUGUGUUGGGUUGUUGUUUUUUUUUUUUUUAAGUUGCAGCUUCAUUCUUCAGUCUGGGCAAAUGUUAUUAACUCAGGAACUGUGGAAGUAUUGUGCCCAAACCUGGUAGAGCAAAGAUCGUCUGAAUUUAAACAGUGGUGAGAUUGGGGCUACUAUUUUCAGAGCGUACAGCUUUCAAAGCGAGCGGUGUUAAGCAUUUGUUUUGGUGUAUUGGUUGUGCAGCUUAUUAAAAAUGGAGAGGGUAUUCUGUGAAAGGGUUUUGCCACCAGAAGUUUUAUU